UGUCACAUUGUUUUGAUUCCCCCUCGAACAUGUGUUGACGUGAAGCUCGAUCGUUGUCGUCUUAGUGUAGACGGUAUUUUAAUCUCUACCAUGCAUUUAAGCCAUGAACUAGAGGUCUUCCCGGACCACAGUGUGACCCAGCUGCUCUUUCAGGAUGUGAAGAAUGCCACAGAACUGAGACAGAGCGCGAUGGAGGGCAAAGUUCACGCUGCCUUAAUCAACCCAACGAUGCUGGUCAAUCCUUUCCAGGUGUUAGUGGCAGCCAACAAAGCUGUUCACUCACAGAGAGCUGGGAAAAUGAAAACAAGAAGUUUAUACUCAGAAAUUAUAUUCAACUUAUCACCGACUAAUAAUAUCUCAGAGGCUUUUAAAAGGUUUGGGAUCUCUGACGACAGUGAGUCAGUCAUGGUGGUCCUGGUCCACAGCAAAGAUGAGACCCAGCCUCUGUCAGACAUCAUGUCCAGGGUAAAAGGGCGGCAGGUUCCAGUGGAAGAUGUUUCCUCUCUGUCCAACCACGACAAAAUCCAGAAGCUGUAUAAAGUCACCCCCCAGGAGGAGAAGACUGGGACUCUGCUGGAUGCCGUUGUGUGCAGGAUGGCCACCAAGGAUGUCAUGUAGCUUCAGUAGAAGGACCAGAAGAGCUCUUAAAUACUUUUUUAUUUGAACAUUUUCAGUUUUCCAGCACAUUCUGAGUUACAAAACUGCAGAAAUGAAAAGACAUGGUCAGACUUAUGGCACCACUGUUCAUGUUCACUGCUGACAAACAAAGUUUGAAUUGAAGCUUCUCUUUUGCAUACGUGUGUAGUUUUCUGGUAUUAAAAGGAGAUGGGGAUGCACGACUUUC